CCACGUGUCUUCAACUCGUCCGUCAGUUUCCUCUUUCCUUGUGAGUCGUUUGUGUUAUAAUGUCUAAACCAGCUACGGGAAUAGCCGUCGGCAUCGAUUUGGGUACAACCUACUCUUGUGUUGGCAUUUUUCAACAUGGAAAAGUCGAGAUCAUCGCCAACGACCAAGGAAACCGGACGACGCCUAGUUACGUUGCUUUCACAGACACAGAACGUCUCAUAGGCGAUGCAGCAAAGAAUCAAGUUGCCCUAAAUCCUUCCAACACAGUCUUUGAUGCAAAACGUUUGAUUGGACGACGCUUUGACGACACGUCAGUGCAAAGUGACAUGAAGCAGUGGCCUUUCCAAGUGAUAAACGAGGGCACUAGACCAAAAGUUGAAGUGGAAUACAAAGCAGAGACAAAAUCAUUCUACGCAGAAGAGAUCUCUUCUAUGGUUUUGACCAAAAUGAAGGAGACGGCUGAAGCAUAUCUUGGCAAGAGUGUCAACAAUGCCGUCGUUACUGUUCCCGCUUAUUUCAAUGAUUCCCAACGUCAAGCCACCAAAGACGCCGGCACCAUUGCAGGACUAAACGUUCUCAGAAUUAUCAACGAACCCACGGCUGCUGCCAUUGCAUACGGUUUAGAUAAGAAGUUGUCAGGAGGCGAACAAAAUGUUCUCAUCUUUGACUUGGGUGGUGGCACAUUCGAUGUCUCUAUCCUCACAAUCGAGGAUGGAAUUUUCGAAGUCAAAUCGACAGCCGGAGAUACACAUUUAGGUGGUGAAGAUUUUGACAGUAGAAUGGUCACGUUUUUUGUCAGCGAGUUCAAACGCAAGCACAAAAAGGAUUUGUCAACAAACAAAAGGGCAGUUCGUCGUCUUCGCACUGCAUGCGAACGAGCAAAACGAACACUAUCGUCGAGCACUCAGGCUAACAUAGAAAUUGAUUCACUCUUUGAGGGCAUUGACUUUUACACGUCGUUGACACGUGCUCGAUUUGAAGAAAUGAAUGGUGACCUCUUCAGAGGGACGUUGGAGCCGGUGGAGAAAGCUCUACGUGAUGCAAAGCUAGGGAAGAAUGAAGUACACGAGUUGGUUUUGGUCGGUGGAUCGACGCGUAUUCCCAAGAUCCAAAAACUGCUGCAAGAUUUCUUCAAUGGAAAAGAACUGAACAAGUCGAUCAAUCCUGAUGAAGCGGUUGCGUAUGGAGCAGCUGUUCAAGCUGCUAUCUUGUCUGGUGAUAAGAGCGAGGAGGUGCAGGAUCUUUUGCUUCUCGAUGUGGCACCGCUUUCUUUGGGUAUUGAAACAGCUGGAGGCGUGUUUACUGCACUCAUCAAGAGAAACUCGACGAUUCCAACAAAACAAAACAAAGUCUUCACAACGUACUCUGACAACCAGCCUGGAGUGCUUAUACAGGUUUUUGAAGGAGAGCGAGCAAUGACAAAAGACAACAACCUGUUGGGCAAAUUUGAGUUGAGUGGCAUUCCUCCUGCUCCACGAGGAGUACCACAGAUUGAAGUUACUUUUGAUAUUGACGCUAAUGGAAUUCUAAACGUCUCAGCUGUCGACAAGAGCACAGGACGAGAGAACAAGAUCACGAUCACUAACGACAAGGGAAGACUGAACAAAGACCAAAUUGAGAAGAUGGUACAGGAAGCUGAGAAGUUCAAAGCCGAAGAUGAAGCACAAAGAGAUCGAGUUGCAGCUAAGAAUGCAUUGGAGAGCUAUGCUUACCAGCUGAAGAGUACUGUUGAGGACGAGAAGCUGAAGGACAAGAUCAGUGAAGAAGACAAGAAGACAAUCACUGAUAAAUGUUCUGAAACAAUCAAGUGGCUGGACACGAAUCAGACGGCAGAGAAGGACGAAUAUGAGCAUCAACAGAAAGAGCUGGAGAAAGCUUGCAUGCCGAUUAUGCAGAAACUCUACAGUGCUGGUGCGGGUGACGGUGGAAUGCCAGGAGGGAUGCCCGGUGGUAUGCCCGGUGGUAUGCCUGGUGGUAUGCCGGGAGGAUUUGGUGGAGCUCCAAGUGGACCGAGUGGUGGAUCAUCGGGUGGGGGACCGACAAUUGAAGAAGUUGACACACCUGUGUCUCAAAUGAAGGAUGUUUGUAAAGUAUCUCUAGUCACUGGCAUCCAGAUGUACCAGUACCUAAGAGAUGUGUGCUCGUGGAAACUCCAACAAAAUGUUAUUAGACUUGGUGGCAUUGGUCCAGUUCAGUCCAACGUUGUUGAAAUAGACGAAUCCUGUUUUUCCCACAAACCGAAGCAUCACAGAGGAAGAGCACCACGUGACCCAGUGUGGGUUUUUGGAAUUGUUGAUGUAACACAGCAGCCAGCACUAGGUUACAUGGAAAUAGUUCCAAGAAGAGAUGCUGCGACACUUUUACCGAUCAUAGCACAACACGUACUGCCUGGCACAAUAGUACAUUCUGACGAAUGGAGAGCGUACAAUCGGAUUAACACACUCCCCCUGGUGGCAGCUCACAGGACAUUUCAAACAAACUCAUAUUCUAGUCAAGAGCAGUUCUACUACUUCAGGAGUGACCACUUCAGCGGAUCUCUCGCCGUGGAGAAAGCUCUACGUGAUGCAAAGCUAGGGAAGAAUGAAGUACACGAGUUGGUUUUGGUCGGUGAAUCGACGGGUAUUCCCAAGAUCCAUAAACUGCCGCUACAUUUCUUCAGUGGGAAAGAACUGAACAAGUCGAUCAAUCCUGAUGAAGCGGUUGCGUAUGGAGCAGCUGUUCAAGCUGCUAUCCUGUCUGGUGAUAAGAGCGAGGAGGUGCAGGAUCUUUUGCUUCUCGAUGUGGCACCGCUUUCUUUGGGUAUUGAAACAACUGGAGGCAUGUUUACUGCACUCAUCAAGAGAAACUCGACGAUUCCAACAAAACAAAACAAAGUCUUCACAACGUACUCUGACAACCAGCCUGGAGUGCUUAUACAGGUUUUUGAAGGAGAGCGAGCAAUGACAAAAGACUUCAACCUGUUGGGCAAAUUUGAGUUGAGUGGCAUUCCUCCUGCUCCACGAGGAGUACCACAGAUUGAAGUUACUUUUGAUAUUGACGCUAAUGGCAUUCUAAACGUCUCAGCUGUUGGAGAGAAUAAGAUCAUGAUCACUAACGACAAGGGAAGACUGAACAAAGACCAAAUUGAGAAGAUGGUACAGGAAGCUGAGAAGUUCAAAGCCGAAGAUGAAGCACAAAGAGAUCGAGUUGCAGCUAAGAAUGCAUUGGAGAGCUAUGCUUACCAGCUGAAGAGUACUGUUGAGGACGAGAAACUGAACGACAAGAUCAAUGAAGAAGACAAGAAGACAAUCACUGAUAAAUGUUCUGAAACAAUCAAGUGGCUGGACAUGAAUCAGACGGCAGAGAAGGACGAAUAUGAGCAUCAACAGAAAGAGCUGGAGAAAGCUUGCAUGCCAAUUAUGCAGAAACUCUACAGUGCUGGUGCGGGUGACGGUGGAAUGCCAGGAGGGAUGCCCGGUGGUAUGCCCGGUGGGAUGCCCAGUGGUAUGCCUGGUGGUAUGCCUGGUGGUAUGCCUGGUGGUAUGCCGGGAGGAUUUGGUGGAGCUCCAAGUGGACCGAGUGAUGGAUCAUCGGGUGGGGGACCGACAAUUGAAGAAGUUGACUAGAAAAUUGUUUCGUACAUUUAGCUGUGGUGGUUGACUGGGGUAUAAAGUUAACUUGUUUAUCGUUAUCGAAUGUGUUGGAUGGUGUACUGGAAUGUGCCAGACAGUGUUGUGUAAUAAUAAUACUAAUUGUAUGUUUAACAGUA